CGUCCGUCCAUCCUCAUCCCCAUCCGCCACCCACCCCGCGCCCCUCCUUCUCACUCCAGUGCUGGCUGCCGGCCAGCUCCGCCCCCGGGGUCCUUGAGCUGGAGGUGGCGGUGGAUGACCAGCUCUCGGAGUUUUCUGAGGCGAGGAUCGGAGGGCGUUGCGUUAGGUCCGCGGUUGGUGAGCGGCGGUCGGAGCGGUCUCGCGCGCGGCGGGGUCGUUCGAUGACGCAGGAAUCGCGCUCUGGGAGGGUGGGAAUACCUCGCGCUCGCGCUCAAGGUGCUCGAUUAAUUUACUGCCUGAGGCUGAGGGGGGGCGCGCCUGUGAGCUGAACCGUUCCCGCUGCACUGACUCCUGAGCUCGGGAAAUGGUUGGGAGCGUGCACGUCAAUGGAUCGGUCCACGGCGGCAAUGGCACGGCCACGGAGGAGCGGCUGGACGAGCUGCGCCGGCUGCUCGGCAAGUCGGAGGGGGACCUUCUCAAGAUCGUCAGCGUCGGCGCCGGCGCGUGGGGCAGCGUCUUCGCCGCGCUACUACAGGACGCGUACGGCCAUUUCCGGGACAAGGUGCAGAUAAGGAUCUGGCGUCGCCCGGGCCGGACGGUGGACCGCUCCACCGCGGAGCACCUGUUCGAGGUGAUCAACUCCAGGGAGGACGUGCUCAGGCGCCUCAUCCGCCGCUGCGCCUACCUCAAGUACGUCGAGGCGCGGCUCGGAGACCGCACGCUGUAUGCCGACGAGAUACUCAAGGACGGCUUCUGCCUGAACAUGAUCGAGACGCCGCUCUGCCCUCUCAAGGUCGUCACUAACCUGCAGGAGGCCGUCUGGGAUGCCGACAUCGUCGUGAAUGGGGUGCCGUCCACCGAGACGAGGGAGGUGUUUGAUGAGAUCAGCGAGUAUUGGAAGGAGAGGAUUAGUGUCCCGGUGAUAAUUUCCCUCGCCAAGGGAAUUGAGGCCUCGUUGGAUCCAAUACCUCGUAUCAUUACACCUACUCAAAUGAUUAGCUCUGCAACUGGAGUUCCAACUGAAAAUAUACUCUAUCUUGGAGGACCAAACAUCGCCUCGGAAAUUUAUAACAAAGAAUAUGCAAACGCUCGAAUCUGUGGAUCCAACAAGUGGAGGAAGCCUCUUGCUAAGUUUUUGAGGCAGCCACAUUUCAUUGUCUGGGACAACAGUGAUCUUGUCACCCAUGAGGUGAUGGGUGGCCUGAAGAAUGUCUAUGCAAUCGGUGCUGGAAUGGUGGCAGCUUUAACAAACGAGAGUGCAACAAGCAAAUCUGUAUAUUUUGCUCAUUGCACGUCAGAGAUGAUAUUCAUUACUCAUUUGCUGACAGAGCAACCUGAGAAACUCGCUGGUCCUCUGCUGGCUGACACGUAUGUAACUCUCUUAAAAGGUCGCAAUGCAUGGUAUGGGCAAAUGCUUGCCAAGGGAGAGUUGAGUCCUGACAUGGGUGAUAGUAUCAAGGGGAAGGGAAUGAUUCAGGGUAUCUCUGCAGUUGGUGCAUUUUUUGAGCUGCUUAGUCAACCCAGCUUAAGUGUGCAGCACCCAGAAGAAAACAAGCAGGUUGCUCCAGCUGAGCUAUGCCCAAUCCUGAAGAGGCUUUACAGAAUACUGAUAAAAAGGGAGCUCCCAGCAAGGGACAUUCUUCAAGCCCUGAGGGACGAAACGAUGAAUGAUCCUCGGGAAAGGAUUGAGAUGGCACAAAGCCAUGCAUUCUACCGCCCGUCUCUCCUUGGAAAACCAUGAUCUAGUUAGUCUUGUAGAUUAGUAGAAUAUAAACGGACGCUGUGCUGCAGGUUUCUCCACUGUGCUUGCUGUCCUUGUGUCCGAGCUACAUGGGGAUGGGGCUUUGUCAGUUGUCGAAUUCUUUGUGCUUCCUCGUUGCCAUGGUGUACAAGAGAUUACUGAACCAAUAAAUGUUCUAAGUGCAUAUUAUAUGAACACCCAAUUUGAAAGUACCCGAGGAAGAUUUCUUAUGCAUGGAUUUGUUUGGUCCAACGUCAUAUGCUAGUUUGGGUGGCAACAUCUAUAUUCUCAUGAUUGUAGAUUAUUAUUCAAGGUAUACUUAGGUUUUCUUACUUC